AUGAUGCUUGCAAGCUUGAUUUGCUUCACUCUGCUCACCGGCAGUGCAGCAGAAGGCUUACGCGGAGAAGCAGGACUGGGCAGGAAUGCCAGCAGCGCAAUGAACAGCACGAAAUCCAACGCUACAGCAGCAGUCAAAUCUGCAACUGGCUAUGGUUACUGUUCCGCCACUGACCAGAGCCUCAUGACUGCCUUUGGUGGCGGCGCUGGGGCAAACAGCUUUCCCCGCAUCCUCUCCGAUUGUGGCAAGCGGAGCUUCAACAUCUUCACUGGCUUUCGUCAGAAUGACUUCGUGCGAUGUGUCACGGACAGCACCCAGCUCCAAAGCACUUGUGCCAGCUGUUUUGCCAUCUCCGCGAGCUACGGCGCCUCCAACUGCAAGUGGAGCUGCUUUUGGGGCUCGUGGUGUGGCCAAGGUUGCCUCAACUGCGUGGGUGUGAAGAAUGGCGAAGUUCAAGACUGCGCUGGUGAAACCAUUCGCAUCCCUACGACCACCUCCUGCUGA